GUUGUCUUUCAUAAUUGUCAUUUUCCAUUGGUUUUAUACAUGAUUUAGAGUCCAAGAUCGAGUAAACAUCACUCCAUUCAUUUUCUGAAAGGAUGGAUCUUUUGUUGUUGCAAAUCAAUCAUCAAUCAUUUUUUCCAAUUUCUACACACAAACCACUGAAACCAGCCGACAAAUAGCCACCGCCCAUCCCACUGUCACUCCAAAUUCAUACACUCUGCAGAAAGAUAGAGAGAGGGGCUAAGAUUUCAGCAUUUCACAUUGAAGAAAGCUUUCCCUUUUCGCGUCUAUAUAACCCCGUUUCUCUCUCUGUUUUCUCCUCCAUUGCCCUUUUUGGAUGGUGAAGGGGAAGAUGGGACACUGUAAAACGUUGUUUGUGUGUGUAGUGAUGACUUCUGUGCUCCUGGAACUGUGUUACGGUUCCGGGGCGAAACAGACGUAUAUUGUUCACAUGGCGAAAUCGGAGAUGCCGGCCGGGUUUGAGGAUCAUAGUCACUGGUACGAUGCGUCGCUUAAAUCUGUUUCUGAGUCGGCGGAGAUGAUCUAUGUGUAUAGAAAUGCUGUUCAUGGAUUCUCCGCCAGGCUUACGGCGGAGGAAGCGGAGUCCCUGGGAAAUCAGCCCGGGAUUCUGUCGGUGCUGCCGGAGAUGAAGUAUGAGCUUCAUACUACGCGGACGCCGUCGUUUUUGGGGCUGGACAAGAACGCCGAGUUUUUCCCCGAGUCUGACGUGGCGACUGACGUCAUCGUGGGGGUGUUGGAUACCGGGGUUUGGCCGGAGAGCAAGAGCUUCGACGACAAUGGUCUUGGCCCGGUCCCGAGUUCGUGGAAAGGGGUUUGCCAGACCGGAAAGAAUUUCAAGGCGUCGGACUGUAACAGAAAGCUAAUCGGCGCCAGGUAUUUCUGUUCGGGUUACGAAGCCACUCUGGGCCCAAUCGACGAGUCUAAAGAGUCCAAAUCGCCGCGAGACGAUGAUGGUCAUGGGACCCACACGGCGUCCACCGCUGCUGGCUCUGUCGUCGCCGGUGCUAACCUUCUGGGUUACGCGCCCGGAUCUGCCCGUGGGAUGGCCACGCGCGCUAGAUUGGCGGUCUAUAAAGUGUGCUGGAUGGGCGGGUGUUUCAGCACCGACAUUUUGGCGGCCAUGGAUAAGGCCAUUGAAGACAACGUCAAUGUCCUUUCGUUGUCCCUCGGCGGAGGAACCUCGGACUACUACAGAGACAGCAUUGCCACGGGAGCUUUCGCCGCCAUGGAGAAGGGAAUUCUGGUCUCGUGCUCGGCCGGCAACGCCGGUCCUAAUCAAUACAGUGUGUCUAACUUGGCGCCCUGGAUUACCACCGUCGGUGCCGGAACUCUGGAUCGUGAUUUUCCGGCGUUCGUUAGCCUCGGCAACGGGAAGAAUUUUUCCGGCGUUUCUCUAUUUAAAGGCGAGGCGUUACCUAACAAAAUGCUUCCUUUUGUCUAUGCCGGCAAUGCUAGCAAUGCUACAAAUGGAAAUCUCUGUUUGAUGGGGACUUUGGAUCCUGAGAAGGUGAAGGGCAAACUUGUACUUUGCGAACGGGGAAUAAAUGCUAGGGUUCAGAAGGGUUCGGAGGUAAAAGCCGCCGGUGGAGCCGGAAUGGUGUUGACGAACACCGCCACGAAUGGGGAGGAGCUGGUGGCGGAUGCCCAUCUGCUUCCGGCCACCGCCGUGGGUAAAAAAACCGGGGACGAGCUUAAGACUUACUUGUUCUCGGAUUCUAAUCCAACGGCCACGAUUCUAUUCGAGGGAACUAAGGUGGGGAUUGAACCGUCGCCGGUGGUUGCGGCGUUCAGUUCCCGGGGCCCGAACUCAAUCACCCCGGAAAUACUCAAACCGGAUAUCAUCGCACCCGGAGUGAACAUUAUAGCCGGUUGGACCGGCGCCGUGGGUCCUACCGGGUUAUCCGAUGACCCGAGACGGGUAGCGUUCAACAUCAUAUCUGGCACGUCAAUGUCGUGUCCCCACGUGAGCGGCUUAGCCGCGCUGCUGAAAGGCGCCCACCCAGACUGGAGCCCAGCCGCCAUCCGCUCAGCUCUCAUGACCACCGCAUACACGGCCUACAAAAGCGGCGGCGGCGCGCUGGUCGACGUAGCCACGGGAAAGCCAUCCAACCCGUUCGACCACGGGUCGGGCCACGUCGACCCGGUCUCGGCUCUCACCCCGGGACUGGUUUACGACAUGAACGUGGUAGAUUACCUGAACUUCCUGUGUGCCUUGGGCUACACUCCAUCGCAAAUCAACACUCUAGCGAGAAGGAAUUUCACCUGCGAUUCCACCAAGAAAUUCAGCGUUACAGACCUCAAUUACCCUUCAUUCGCCGUUUCAUUCGCGUCGCAAAUGGGCGGCGCCGGCGGUGGCGGCGGUUCGAGUUCUUCAGUUAAGUACACAAGAACCCUCACCAACGUGGGAGAAGCCGGAACAUACAAAGUCUCCGUUAACGUACCAAACAGUUCCGUUAAAAUCUUGGUUGAACCUCAGACGCUGAGUUUCAGCCAGGCAAACGAGAAGAAAUCGUACACCGUGACGUUCAGUGCUCCGGCAAUGGCGGCGGACACAAACGUUUUCGGGAGAAUCGAGUGGUCUGAUGGGAAGCAUACAGUGGGAAGUCCGGUGGCCAUUUCUUGGUCGUAGAAUAUAGGGAUUAAUGUAUACUUUUCUUAAUUAUUAUUUAAUAAAUUUCCUCCGUCCCUGCUCUGCUGUAUUUGUUACUCAUUCAAAGGAGUGAGUUCUGUAAGCUUGUAACCUUAACGUUGUAAUUUAUCGAAUUCUGCGCUGUUUCUGUUUGUUUCUACCAAAUUUGAGUGUUUUCUUUGCA